GUGUCAGGAAGACCCACACCAGCCAUCAUAUUCCGGCCGUGAAAGCCUUUGACAAUACGAUAGAAAUCUUGUUUUCCAGUUGAAUCUGGAAUUUGGCACAGCAACUGUGCAGACUUGGGCAUGGAGUCUGCCUCGGACUGCUACAUAGGAGGACUAUUUCAGCAGAUGCUUGUCCAGAUUUUUAUUAAAACCCUCCAAGGACAGAGUUUGAUGAAUUAUCUAAAUAUCUUUUUCUCUUGUUGAUCUAGAUAGAAUAAUUGAGGCAAGAGUACCCCUGGAUUAUCUGGAGGAUAGUUGGUGUGUGUUUUACAAGAAACCUGCCCGUAUUUCUGUGUUGUGUAGGAAUGGAAACAGGAGUGAGCCAACAGAAUAUAAGUUAGAGGUAGAGAGUCUUCAGAGGCCUUGUAGUCUAACCUCCAGUGCAAAGAACUUUCACAGUUGACCGCUGUCCUGCUUGAAGGCCUCAGUACAAAACAUUCUUUCACUGCCUCUCUUAUUCUAAUUAGUUCUUUCAUCAAUCCACAAUUACUGCUAAAAAUGUUAUCCUAAUAUUCAGCUGAAAUUUACCUUUCUGUAACUCAAACCCUUUUUGAUUUAGUGAUGGCUCUUGAGGUGGCAAAGAAUAAGUAUUUACUACUUCUGUGUAACAGUCCUUAAUGUACUUGAACAAUUUUAUUUUCCCAUUUAGUCUUUUCUUUGCUAGGCUAUAUCUGAGAGACCUUUCCUGGUAAAAUUUGCUUCCUGUCACCUAAUCCCUUUCUUUCCCUCUCCCUCUACUGUUCCAACUUGAGUACAUCCUUUCUAUGGUUUAGGACCCAGAACUGGACACAGCCUUAUAGGGAGGCCUCAGUACUUCAUAUUCUCUGCAGCUUUGAAAUGUUCAUUGAGUCUCCCCAUAGAUAGGCUUUCCUUAAAUUGCUCACCUCUUAUCCUUCUGGUCAUCCAGGAAUAAUCUCCCCUUCCCACAUGCAGAUCCAUAUUGAAUUCACUGUUGCCACGUUCUCUCUAGGCUGGGAUUAGAUAGACAGAUUGCUUUUGGGUGGGUGGGGGGAACAAGUGAUCAGCUGUAUGAUGUAGAAGAGAAGGAAGAGUCAGGGGCAGUGAAGGUGCAGGUAGGGUGAGGUUCUGCAUUCAUGCUGGCUGGAGGUGAUAGAAGUUGUCCUUCAGCUUUUCCCAGAGUACCAAGUUGGAGAGGUGGUCCUGUAACAAAAUCUCUACUUUUUCUUCCAUGCUUCUGUUUGCUAGGUCCACUGUUCCCCCGUAUUACUUUUACUCAUAAUCAGAAGUAACAUGCCCAGGACUUCAUCAGUUCUGAUGAUCCUUCCUAGUGUUAUUAGAACACGAUAGCGGAAUCAAGGCUGCCGUGUCUAGGACAGGAGAAGGGUGCCAAGACUGGGAGCAGCCAGAAGCUUCCCAUUUGAGACUAUUGAAGCUGUGUAGAGCACUACCACCCACCUGCACAAUGGGCAGGUCCAAAGAUGGUGACACAUAAGGAUCUUUGAAAAAGCUGGCUUUGUUUCACUUCUGACGGCUCUGACCACCGUGCUGAGCUGUCAUUGGCUGUUAGGGAUGAGAUGGAGGGCGUCGUGGCCUUUGCCCUUUUUCCUGAGAAGGUAGGAUCCUUGACCCUUAGGUUUCAUCAGUAUUUUCCUGGCAGCGCUCUCUUGAUUUCCUUUGAAACAGGUAAGCAAACAGAAGAAAAAGACAGGCAUGAUGCUUCCCCGUGUGGUUCUGACUCCCCUGAAAGUAAACGGGGCCCAUAUGGAAACCUCCUCAGGGUUUGCAGGGAAGCAGGUUGGCGAAGAGGGCACCAGCAGCUCAUCUGUUUUGCCCGGCACACUCUGUAGCAGAACAGAAAUCGCUAGGGAAGCCCCCCAUCUGCUCCGGGGAGUCCGCAAGCCCUCGAGUGGACAAAUGAAGAGGAACAGGGGGGACGAUAUAGACUUUGAGACGCCUGGCUCCAUUCUUGUGAACACAAACCUGCGUGCGCUGAUAAAUUCCAGGACCUUCAAUGCCCUUCCCCUGCAUUUCCAGCAGCAGCUUCUGUUCCUCCUCCCUGAAGUGGACAGACAGGCUGGGACAGACGGAUUGCUGCGUCUUAGUGGGAGUGCUCUAAAUAAUGAGUUCUUUACUCAUGCUGCCCAGAGCUGGAGGGAGAGGCUGGCUGAUGGGGAGUUCACUCAUGAAAUGCAGGUUCGCAUAAGACAGGAAAUGGAGAAGGAAAAGAAAACGGAACCGUGGAAAGAGAGUUUUUUUGAGGACUAUUACGGGCAGAAGCUGGGGUUGACCAAGGAAGAGCAGAAUUCUGUGCCAAGUGAUGCGGAGAACAGGACCACAGCGGCCUCCCCAGAAGGACCUGCCAGGGCAUUGCGCACUCCCGUGGCCCACCAGCCUGACGGGCACUUCAAGAAGCGCUCGCUCCGCUGCCGAAACCGGAGGAGCCGGCAUAAGCUGCGUGAGCCGGAGCCAUCCGCGCCUUCCGAAGAGGCAUCGUCUGCGGAGGCAGCGCCCGCUGAUGAGAGAGAGGCAAACCCAGCUGCGAACACGUGCCAAGGAAGCAGGGCGUCUCCCCAGGCAGAGAUGUCCCCAGAGGUGGCCACGGCCCUGAGCAAGGUGGACGAUGCGGUGGCCGUGGCAGCGGCGGCGGCCCCAGACAGGAUUCCAGGCCUGGCUCUGGGGCCGCAGGAUCAGCAGAAAAGGAAGUGCUUCGAGCAGCCCGCCUCUGCCUCUUUCCCCGAGAAGAAGCCCCGGCUCGAGGAUCGUCAGUCCUUUCGUAACACAAUUGAAAGUGUUCGCCCAGAGAAGCCGCAGCCCACCAAAGAGGAGCCCAAAGUCCCUCCCAUCCGGAUUCAACUUUCCCGAAUCAAACCCCCCUGGGUGGUUAAAGGUCAGCCAGCCUACCAGAUAUGUCCUCGGAUUAUCCCCACUCCAGAGCCCGUCAACCAGGACCGACGUGGGACCCCAGCCUCUGCUGGCUUUAAGGCCUGUCCUCUGCAAGGGAGAAUCCAGCGAGCGACUGCUGCUCCUGCCGCCACCAUUGGAGGUGGGGGUGGGCCAGGAGGAGGUGGAAGGAGCCCAGACGAGGGCGGCGGCGGUGGCGGCAGGGUCCGGCAACCCAGCAGCCACCGCUCCAAGCACUGGAGAUCAAAGAGAACUCGCGGGAAGCGUCUGUCAGAUUUACAGCGAACACAGUUAUUGUCGCCUUCCCACAUAGAAGCGAAGACUGGCUUGGAGGUGCCUGAAAUGAGCUUGCCGCCUUGUGGGAGAGAGCCCACAAUGGAAGGAGGUCUUGGAAGUGGACAGGCUGUAAGCCUUCGUUCACCUGAAGCUGAAGGUGCUGCCCAGCUGGAAGAGUCUUUGGGAGGCUGUCCCUUGGAUGGCAGUAGGGCUGCAUUGGCCCUUGAUUGCAUAACUGCGGAAGUGCCAGCCGGUAAUUCUGGGCAUCUUUUGGACGAUUCAGGUCAUCAGCUAUCUCCAGGAGAUGCUUCUCUGGAGGGUCCUAAUAAGGAGAGGAGGGAGCCUCCCGUGAGUAGCCCAUUAAACAGUUCCUGGCUAAAGGACUCUGAAAGCAGCCUCCUCAGAGGCCCAAGCAGGAAGGAGGGGUGUGAAGGUGACCGUCCCGUCAUGCUGGACUGCUGCUCUGCACCGAAAGCCAUCUCCACCAGUUCCCUUGAUCUGGCUUUGGGGAGCAGUGCGAGAGAUGGCUCUGAGGCUUCUGGCUCUCCUGCAUGGGAGGAUCUUCCAGAGAACUCCAGCCCUGCGGGGAUGGAGCUUCCAACAUCCCAGCCUCAGAUGGCCAGACCAUGGCACGGAAGAGGGGCACUGAGUAAUGCAGAGGAAGCUUCUCAGUCCAAAACAGUUUUGCUCUCUCCUUGCUUGAAUGGAAAUGCAAGGGUCCAUAAGAGCCACUGUCCCCCAGCAGAGGCACCGCUCGGGACGGAAGUAGAGGUGGACCAAGAGCCGGCAGAUGUAGGGCCAAGCAUCAGCCCGUUCAGUGGCGAGGAAGCCCAGAGUCUGCUAAGUGAGACAACAGAGACUGCCUCUGACUUGGAAGCUGAGCUCACAGAUGAGAACCUGGAAUUGAACCGGGAUUGUAGCAAGGACGAAGAGGGAGAAGUUGCAUCCAGCCAGAGGCACCCGAAGGAACCCAAAGAGGUCGACUUUGAAAGCAGGGAGGAUUUGCCUCCAGACGUAGGGGUUGCCAACUCACAGGGCAGGAGAACGCUGCCUGCUCCUCUCCUGACCGCAGGCAAUUCGAUUCUCCCUGCUGAGGUCGAAAGCCAGGCUAGGCCACGCUUGGGGAUCCCCCAGCCUCUGUCUGUUGAAGCAAGCAGUCCCCUUGAGGUGCAGGUGGUCACACAGAGUGUGCCUCCCAAAAGAGUUCUUCCAGGGUCUCCCUGCAGCACCAAGGCCGGGGCUGCAGCCUCUCCUCUGCACAAGCCUCCGGCAGAAAGUGGUUCCUUUCCCGGGGGGGCUAAGAGCAGUGAACACCUCGUGCAGGAGACCUCUUACGAGGAAGGGAUGGGCGUGAGGGACACAGCCAGGAAGGGCGCCUGCGUCUCACAGCCUUUGCGGGACUCUGCUGAAAGGCCAUGCGUACCAGAGAGAAGUCCUGAAUUUAGUCCCAACUCAGGCUUCCCGGAUCAAGCCGUCCAUCAGUCCCAGACAGCGGAUCAGCUGAGUCUGGGAAAGAGAUGCUCUCCCGAUGUUUAUCCAGAUAAAACAGAUUCUCCCCGUGCAGAAUCUGCUGCUGGCGGGAGUCUGGAAGUGCAGCUCAAAACGGCCUCAGGGCCCCAGCUCCCCCUCAGCCUGACCUCUCGGGGGCCGGAGCAGAUGAGGAGCGAUCCCGCUGAGAAGCCCCCCGGAGCCCUGGGCAGGAAGGUCUUUGGGUCACGCUUCUCCGGUGGCGCAGCAGCGAAGGCCCAGAACCCCCAAGCGCUGGAGCCCUUCCCCAUUUGGGGCAUGCUGUCUCACAGCAAACUGGUUUCCCCCCAGCCCAAGUGUUUGGCCCCUGGAGCCGGCGUGCAGCCCGCAAGGGAGGAUUGGCCCGCAAAACCCCCACGGGCUCCUGCAGGAGAUGGCGGGGGAGUUGAGAACAAGAAGGGCCUGGCCUGCUCUGGCUCCGGCCAGAGGAAGAUGGAGAAGGCGAAAGAGGCCCCGCCUGGCCCUGCGGAGUUGACGAAGCACUUGCAGACCCUCCCCCUGGCCAGGGACUUGCCUUUUUUCAAGUUGCCGAAGGAGCCGGGGAAGGUGGCCGUGCAGCCCCUGGAAGCUUCCUCCAUCCCUUCUCAGCUGAAUAUCAAGCAGGCAUUUUAUGGGAAGCUUUCAAAGCUGCAGCUGAAUUCCGCCCAUCUUAAUUAUGCCUCCAGCGCACCCUUUUUUCCCAGAAGUCUUGAAGGAAACCUGAUGCCGUUCGGCCACAAGGCAAGCUUGGCAGCUUCCCGUGGCGGGCUGGCCUUCUCUGCCCAGAUGUUUGCUGAGAACAGCAGCAUGGAAGAAAUCUCCCUCAAGUGUUCCUGCAGCCUUAAAGCCAUGAUCAUGUGCAAGGGCUGUGGAGCGUUUUGCCAUGACGACUGUAUUGGCCCCUCCAAGCUCUGUGUGCUGUGCCUUGUGGUAAGAUGAUGCCUGCAGCCCUGGAAGGAAAAGCUGUAUAUUGAGUGGGUUUGGAGGAGGAGGAACCUGUAUGCAAAAGAUUCUGGUCCUAACAAAGCCAGUAUUGAUGCUAUAUGUCUUGGGUUUUCCUGUAUGUCUAGAGUUGGCAGAUCAGUCAUGGGGACAGGCUGGUUUCAGAGGGUUUAUUCUCACGCGCCUAGGAACUGUUGAAUAUUUGGCCUGCUUAGCACCCUGCCUGGAACUGUUCUUGUGCCGUGAGCCCUAUCAGAGCAGGGGGGGGGGGUGUUGCUUCUAUGGGAGCUGAAGCUGACCCCUUCCUGUUUGAAGGCCACGUUAAGGAGGCCCAGCUGAACCAGGAUUCUGUCUUCCAUUUUCUCUUCCUGCCACCUCCCUCCCCAAGCGCUGGGUAAGUGCAAACAGGAAAUAAAUGACUGAGCUUCGGAGCUGGAAUGCAGGAGGAGGAGGAGGGAGGCUGAGAGCGCCUCCUUUCCUGUGUCUGGCAGAGGCGAGGUGGGUUCUCUGUCCCAGCAGUCGAGCUGUGGGAGAACUUGGACUGUCAGCGAAGGUUGGGCUGGAUACCAAGUUUUUACUUUCUAAGCAGUGUCAUCUUUUCUUUAAAAAAAACCCCAUACAUAUAUAAAUAUAAAUCUAUAAUAUAAUUUUUUUUUUGUUCUUGGGUGUAAAAAAGUGGAUAUGUUUGGCUCCCCUCUGUACCCUCUAUGCAUCUGUAGGAAUCAUGUGUUCAUAUGUUGUACACAGUACUGGCCAAUUCUGUAAAUUGAUGUUAAUGUACAUAAAGCUUUUUUAAAUUCCUUUCAUUUUUCAGGCUACAACAGUAUUGCAUUAGAGUAGUGUUGGUUAUGAAUCGCUGACCACAUACGGCGGCUGUCCUCCGUCCUGCCUCACCCGAGACCGACCGUGUCUCGCUCACGGCUGUGACCUGCCGAGUGGAGGGGAAGCGGUGAGCCAAAGGGCAGGCCUCAGCCAGCUCCCCUGUUGUUGCUCCCCACCCAGAAGUGAGUCCACCUCGCACAACUGAAGGCAGGAGAGGCAGGACCCGCUCUCUCCCCCUUGGGAAGUGCCUGUGGGCAGCGGGUUUUCCCCCCGAAGGUGAGGGAGGAAGCCGCGUCUCCGCUACAGGAGCUUGUAACCUCCCUCUUGUCCUUCCUUGAGCUCCUACCUACCUCUUCCUUUCUGGACCGAUCUCUUUCCUCUUUGCUUUCAACCGUAGACCUCCCUGCUCAAAGUGAUAGAAGUGUAAAAAUCUGGGCCUCCUGCCCGGGGACGGGGGGCUCAUGCUUGAAUCAGUGGGAUCUCCUGAGUAGGGAAAGAGGGUGAGGGGAGUUGUGGUCUUAAAGGCGAAUCCAUGGAUGGACUGAACCUGCUUACCAAAGAAGGGGGCAACAGGCUGCCCCCUCUGACCCUCCAUCCUCCAGGGCCACGGCUGUGUACAGAUGGAGGCUGGGCUGAUGGGGAGGGGCAGUUCUUGGUCGACCCUGAUGUUAUAUGUCCCUUGUGGUAUGGAGAAAAAAAUAAAAAUAAAACAUUUGGAACAGCUUGA